AUGGCUUUCGCACCGAAAAAAGACGGAGGACCAAAUUUAAAAUUCUACGAGUCUCACGAAACUUUGUUGCUUUUCGAAGGAGUAAAAGCAUGGCUUUCAAAAAAUUGCAAAAAGUAUGUUCAAACAGACCCUCCAACAGCCAAAAGUCUUUCAACUUCCAUUACUCAAGUUAUCCAGUUUCAAGAAGAUACUUAUGGCAAAAAUGUGGCUAAACCACCUUUGACAAGGAUUCCUACAAAAUGCUUCCUAGACUUCAGGCCUAAUGGCGGCAUCUGCCAGAUUUUGGCUACUGUUUACAAGUAUCGUACUGACCAUGGAUGGAGGCGCAUGGAUUUUGCUUCUCCUUCCAGAAUGGAACGCCACAUUGAAAUGAUGGUUGCGAUAGAGAAAGCACUGAUUCAAGCCAAAUGUCUUGUUCAGCCUAAUAUUUACAUCAUGCCAGAUGUUGAUAAAGGACUUGUCGGUAAACUGAAAGAAAUUGUCAAAAGGCAUCAAGGGUUAAUCGCAGAGACUGAAGCUGAAGCAACACAUCUUGUUCAUUCGGCUGCUGAUCCACUCGAAGAAGAGUACGCCCGUCCACUGUUUCGUCGCGAUCGCAACACUUUGCUUCAUUGGUAUUACUUCCCAGACUCGUACGACAAGUGGGAUACGAUCGAAUUACCUGUCGAUCCUCCAGAGCUCUCAGACUAUCUCGAAUCUUUGAAUGAACCUCACAAAACCUACCGAGUUGCCGCCAACUGGUUGCUGGAUUUAGAUCAAUACAACGAGUGGAUGAAUGAAGAGGAUUACGAAGUCGAUGCUAGUGGAAAGAAAAAAGUGCACAAGCUUCGAUUGUCCGUUGAGGAUUUGAUGAGUGGCGGUGACAGUAAACAAAAAGGGAAAACUCCUUCCACUUUGAAACGGAGAAGGUCUCCUUCACCGGCUGGCAGUGGAUCGACUAAAGCCGCUGCAACUCCCACAACUGCUGGUGGUGCUGGAAACAAGCGCAAGAGUGUCCGUCCUGCCUUGGGCAAAAAAUUCAAAGGUGGCGAAGAGGACAGCGACGAUCUUACACGAGACAUGGACGAUCCUCCCUCAGACACUAAUCUCCGCGAAGUCGAAGUGCCAAAGACUCAUCCCGUUCCGGGCGGACCUCCUCCAACGGCUAUUAAGAAAGAUGCCGAUUGGAUGCCCACUAAAGGAGCUGCAUUGACUGAUUUAGAUGAAGAAGGUGAAAAGUUGGCAGAUAUCACAUUAGUCACACCACAAGACGAUCCGCACGGGCAGCAGCAUGACGAUAAUGUCACCGACCAAACUCACCACAUCAUCAUUCCCAGCUACGCUGCCUGGUUUGAUUACAAUUCGAUUCACUCGAUCGAACGUCGCGCCUUGCCCGAAUUUUUCAAUGGCAAAAACCGUUCAAAGACUCCAGAGGUUUAUUUGGCGUAUCGUAAUUUUAUGAUCGACACCUAUCGCUUGAAUCCUACCGAAUAUUUGACCAGCACUGCGUGUCGACGCAAUUUGGCCGGUGACGUUUGCGCCAUUAUGCGCGUUCACGCCUUUUUGGAGCAGUGGGGACUCGUCAAUUACCAGGUGGAUGGGGAUUCACGCCCGAUGCCUGUCGGCCCACCACCCACAUCGCACUUUCACAUCCUCUCUGACACGCCGUCAGGUCUGCAGCCCGUCAAUCCUCCUCGGACAACGCAGCCAUCAGCGGCCAAGACUCUGAUCGACAUGGAUAAGAAGACGGCAGCUCGCCAAUCCGAAACAGCUCCCGUGGCCAAUAAUUUCGGCCUGAAACUGGACCAAUACAGCCGUAAGAGCUCGUCCGUGUUGAAGAACAAGGCAACCAGAGAGUGGACGGAACAGGAGACGCUGCUCCUGCUCGAGGGUUUGGAACUGUACAAGGACGAUUGGAACAAAGUCUGCGAACACGUUGGAACUCGCACCCAGGAUGAAUGUAUUCUCCACUUUCUUCGCCUUCCUAUCGAGGAUCCAUUUUUUGAAGACGUUGAAUUGGGUGGCGGCGGAGCUGUUGGACCUUUGGCCUAUCAGCCCAUUCCGUUCAGCCAGGCCGGCAACCCCAUCAUGUCGACGGUGGCGUUUUUGGCAUCAGUUGUGGAUCCACGAGUUGCUGCCGCUGCUGCCAAAGCUGCGAUGGAAGAAUUCGCCAAGAUCAAGGACGAAGUUCCAUCGGCCCUGCUGGAAACGCACUUGAAGAACGUCGAAAAUGCUCUGAGCGAAGGCAAAUCGGACGCCUCGGUGGCCGCUUUGGCCCAAUCUGGAAUUGCUGGAACAGUUCAAGACAAGGAGGAGGCCGAGAGGGAGAAGGAGAAAGCGGACAAAUUGGCCGAAGAGAAGGAAGCCUUGGAGAAGAGCGAAGAGAAGAAGGAGGCUGAUAAAAAGGUGGAAGAAAAGAAAGAAGCAGAGAAGAAGGAAGGUGAGAAAGAGGAGUCGACUAGCGCUGAAGGCAGCAAGGAGCCAGAGAAAGAAAAGACGGCCACUGAAAGUGAGGAAGACAAAGCUGAGAAGAUGGACGUGGACAACGCGACCGUCAAAGACGCCAAGGAAGACGGUGAAGGAGCCAAAGAAUCGGCUGCAAAGGAAUCUGAAACUAAGGAGCCCGAAAUCAAGGAGGAGAAGAUGGACGUUGACGAAACCAAGAAAGACAAGGAAACCACCGAAGAAGACAAGGAGAAAUCCGCCGAGGCUGCAGCCGCUCUGGCCGCCGCAAAUGAGAAACAGAAAUUGGUCAAAGACGCUCAGUUGCAAGCGGCUGCUGCGGCUUCGCUUUCCGCGGCUGCCGUCAAGGCACGCCACCUGGCCGCGGCCGAGGAACGUAAAAUCAAAUCUCUGGUUGCCCUUUUGGUCGAGACGCAAAUGAAGAAAUUGGAAAUCAAAUUGAGGCAUUUUGAAGAACUCGAAGCCAUGAUGGAUCGCGAAAGAGAAACUUUGGAAUACCAACGACAGGCAUUGCUGCAAGAGCGCCAGGCUUUCCACUUGGAGCAGCUGCGGGCGGCCGAGGCCCGAGCUCGUCAACAAGCUCAAGUGCAACUGCAGCAGCAGCAGAUGCAGCAGGCUCAGAUGCAACAACAGCAGCAGCAGCAACAACAGCAACACAUUCAACCGAUCCCCAUGAUCCCGCCCGUGCAAUUGCCCAUCGGCCCACCUCCUUCGGUAGCCACUGCCGGCUACACGGGCAGCUCGCCGCUUCCCCCACAAAUCCAACCCAGUCCGCAACCGCAUUUGCCACCGCCAACAACACCUGUCCCGUCAUCCGAAAUCCCGACAACUCUAUCAGUUUAA